AUGACAUACAACGCUCAAGAGAAGAUCGCAAUCCCGAUUGCAGACGAGAAAAAUGAAUCUCAGUUCACCUCGGCGCGGACGAGUGUGCAGGAGAGCCGCCCUAGCGACCAACCGAAGCAGUCUUGGUUUUCCAAAUUGCCAAGUCUGAAUCCAUUGCGAUGGCAAAAGACUCCUCCGAUCGCGGAGGAAAGGGGGGCAUGUCGAGAGUAUGAGGCUCGUUUGCCGAGCCGUAUGUUCUUUCAGUGGAUUGAGCCCAUUAUGAAAGUUGGUUAUCUGCGGGAUUUGGAACUUCAGGAUAUCUGGGCGGUCAACCCGGACAGGUCGGUUGAUUUCGUGUCAAAAGAACUCGGGGCCAGCUUGGAACGGCGAUUAAAACGCGGAGACAAGAAACCAUUGGUAGGAGCCAUCUAUGAGACCUUUAAACGGGAAUUCUGGAUCGGUGCGAUAUGCCAAAUCCUCGGGACGGUCAUCAUUGUUCUGUCUCCUCUUGUCAUCCGCCACUUGAUCUCAUUCGCCAUGGAGGCAUACGAUUCCAGAAAUGGCACCCAACCAAGUCCGCAUGUCAGCUGGGGCAUAGGUUAUGCAUUGGCUAUAUUUUUCAUGCAGGUGAUCCGAGCCCUCUGCAUGAGCCAGUCCUUUUACAAGGGGGAUGUGCUUGGUGGUCAAGUGAAAGCCGCUCUUGUUUCGCUUAUUUUCUCCAAGGCAAUGAAGUUAUCAGGGCGAGCCAGAGUAGAUGGGCGCCAGUCUGGAGAUGACCAAGCGGAGCCCACGAAACCCAGCAAGGCUGAGGAGCAGACCUCUGGCUGGAAUAACGGUCGAAUUACGAUGCUAAUGGGAGUCGAAGCGGAUCGAGUUGAUAGAGCCUGCGGAAGUAUUCAUCUUCUCUGGGCCACACCCAUCUGCUUGGCUGUCGGCCUCGUUGUUCUCUUGGUCACCAUCGGAUACAGCGCGCUUUCUGGGUAUGCGUUCAUGUUUCUGGCAGUCAUGGGGUUGACCUACAUUGUGGGCAGUCUCGUCAGUCUACGGGUGACGGUCAACAAAACCACGGACGAGCGGGUGUCUUUGACCCAAGAGAUCGUGUAUAACGCGAGAUUUGUCAAAUUCUUUGGUUGGGAGAACUUUUUCCUGGAGAGAUUGCGGAAGCUCCGACAUGCCGAGAUGCAUUCUCUGCAUAAACUUCUCGCCGUCCGACACGCUGUUAUAUCCAGCUUUGUAUCAAUGUCUACGUUUGCGGCACUGUUUGCUUUCAUCACCUACGCAUUUCAAGGUUACGGUGCCGCUCCUGACAGUAUAUUUGCGUCAUUUGCCGCCUUCAACGCGCUCCGGGCGCCUCUCAGCAUGAUGAAUUUGGUUAUCAGUACUGCAACGGAUGCUUGGACUGCUUUAGACAGGCUCCAGGAUUUCUUCAAGGCCGAGGAGCGAGAAGAUUUCGUUGAUUGGGAUAUGGGUAUGAGAAACGCCAUCGAGAUGAAUCACGCAUCAUUUACGUGGGAGCAAGUGCCAUCGUCUACAGGCUCAGAAGCCAACAGCACCGAAUCAAGCCGUAGGGGAUCGACCCACGAGUCUACGGAUAGACUGGCGGAUGCCAACAGGCGCUCCACCAGGACCAGUGCAGAGCAAGAUCCCUUCAAAAUUUCCGACAUCGACCUAAAUGUAGGUCGUCGCGAGUUGAUCGCCGUGAUCGGAACAGUUGGCAGCGGAAAGAGUUCUUUGCUGGGAGCGUUAGCGGGCGAGAUGCGUUUAACGUCUGGAAGUGUCCGCAUGGGCACGACGAGGGCGCUUUGCUCACAGUAUGCGUGGAUUCAGAACACCUCUGUUAAGAACAACAUUCUCUUCGGCCAUGAAUACGAUGAAACCAGGUAUAACCAGGUGGUCGAUGCGUGUGCCCUCCGGUCAGAUCUCGCCAUGUUUCCAGACGGCGAACAGACUGAGAUCGGCGAGCGUGGGAUCACUAUAUCGGGUGGCCAGAAACAGCGGCUCAAUAUUGCUCGAGCCAUCUACUCAAACUCCGAACUUGUUCUUCUCGACGACCCCCUGUCUGCGGUGGAUGCGCAUGUAGGAAAGCAGAUCAUGGACAAUGCCAUUUGUGGACUUCUCAGAGAUCGAUGUCGAGUCCUGGCAACCCACCAACUCCAUGUACUUGGCCGCUGUGAUCGAAUCAUCGUGAUGGACCAAGGGCGGAUACAUGCCGUCGACACAUUCGCGAACCUGAUGCGUGACGACGAAGUUUUCCGGACUAUCAUGGCAACCACCGCCCAGCUGGAAUCUUCGGACAAGCAGACUCCCAGCCACAACACGGAGAUCCAACCAACGGAGGAGAAACCCAAGAACGAGGGCUCAGGCACUGCCCUGAUGCAAACGGAAGAGAGAGCUACGGCAUCUAUGGGUUGGGCUGUCUGGAAAGCCUACAUAUCUGCCACUGGCUCUAUCUUCCACCCUAUUCUUUUCCUGCUCCUGACACUUCUUGUCAAUGGAGCAAUUAUCAUGAACGGCCUGUGGCUGACAUAUUGGACGUCCGACAAGUACCCUUAUCUGGGCAUAGGAGGUUAUCUGGGAAUCUACGCUGCUCUUUGCGUGGCCCAGUUUGUCAUAGUUUAUCUUUAUUCGUUUCAGCUCACCUAUGCUUCUUCUAACGCUGGCAAAGCGAUGCUUCAAGAAGCUUUGUAUCGUGUCAUGAGGGCGCCCAUGUCUUUCUUUGAUACAACGCCGCUCGGGCGCAUCACAAAUCGUUUCUCGAAGGAUGUGCAAGUGUUGGACAGCGACCUUGGAAACUCAAUUCGGAUGUUCGUCAUGAUGUUCUCUAUGAUUGUCGCUACCCUGGGCCUAGUUGUUGCCUACUUUUACUACUUUGCCAUCGCUAUACCGCCGAUGUUCUUUCUGUUCUGGAUGAUUUCAUCCUACUACAGAGGCUCGGCCCGAAGUUUAAAGCGACAUGAAGCGGUUCUCCGUUCUGGCGUUUUUGCUCGUUUCGGCGAAGCUAUCACCGGCACAACAUGCAUCCAGGCGUAUAACAGAGAAGACCAAUUCCGGCAGGUCAUCCACAAAGCCGUUGAUUCCAUGAAUGGCGCAUACUUCCUAACCGCGGCAACCCAAGCAUGGCUCGUGGUCCGAGUUGAAAUGGUAGGUGCCAUUCUAAUCCUCAUAGUCGGCAUCCUCGUCGUCACUUCGCGCUUCAAUGUUGGGCCCAGCGAAGCAGGCAUGGUCCUCUCUCUCAUGCUCGGUAUCACGCAAAACUUCCAAUUCUGCGUCAAAGAGUAUGCCGAAGUCGAGAACGAUAUGAACUCGGUCGAGCGCAUGCACCACUACGCCAGCAACCUAGACCAAGAAGCACCUCUGGAACUGGGCAAGGUGCCCCCCUCGUGGCCCGAAAAUGGCCGCAUCGCCUUCGACAACGUCGAGAUGUGCUACCGCGAAGGCAUGCCGCCCGUCCUGAAGGGUCUCACCAUGGAAAUCCGCGGCGGCGAACGCAUCGGGAUCGUCGGCCGCACAGGCGCUGGCAAAUCCAGCAUCAUGGCCGCCCUGUUCCGCAUGAGCGAGCUCUCCUCCGGCAGCAUCAAAAUCGACGACACUGACAUCUCGCGCAUUGGGCUUCACGAGCUCCGCACGCGCCUCACCAUCAUCCCUCAAGACCCGACCCUCUUCCAAGGCACCAUCCGCUCCAACCUCGACCCCUUCGACGAACACACCGACCUCGAGCUCUGGUCCGCUCUCCGAAAAGCCCACCUCGUCGGCCAGGAAAUCCCCAGCGAAACCUCCACCACCCUCACCACCACCUCGCCUUCUCUCGCAAAACCCCCCAACCCCGCCCAGCGCCUCAACCUCGACUCCACCGUCGACCAAGACGGCCUGAACUUCUCUCUCGGCCAGCGCCAACUCAUGGCGCUCGCACGCGCUCUGGUCCGCGACUCCCGCAUCAUUGUCUGCGACGAGGCCACGUCCUCGGUGGACUUUGAGACCGACGAGCGCGUCCAGGAAACCAUGGCGACUGGAUUCCGGGACAAGACGGUUCUGUGCAUUGCGCAUCGGUUGCGCACGAUUAUCAACUAUGACCGCAUCUGCGUGAUGGAUCAGGGACGGAUUGCAGAGAUGGAUACGCCCGCGAGGCUGUAUGAGCGACGGGGUGGAAUUUUCAGGGGCAUGUGCGAGCAGAGUGGGAUUUCGAGGGGGGAUUUUGCGCAGUAA